AUGCCUGGUGAUAAUAAGGAGAAAGCUUUGCCUACUGUUCCCAGGUCGAAGGGAUGCCUGACAUGCGUCACUCGGAAGAUCCGCUGCGAUGGCAGAAAGCCCACAUGCUAUAAAUGUGAAAAGCGGAAACAGGAAUGCGGAGGAUACCGCAGAGAGGAAAUAAUAUUCCUAAGCGAAGGAUGGCGACCUCCAGGUGUAAAAGCCAAAGCACGCAUCAAGACAAUUCCCGACAGCGCAAAUCGCUUGGCGCAGGUAUCUGUUCUCCGAGCGCUUACUGGCUCAGAGAAUAUGUCAGAUCCAGUUCUGUAUAUAUGUCCGUCUAUAGAACGGUCGCAUCUACAUAUUCCCUUUUUCCUAUCGUCGUUUGGAACCCAGCCCUUUCAAGCUCCGGCCAUUGCUGAUGUUUUCCAUCACUACUUCUGCUUGAUUUCUUCAAAUCUACGUGAUGGUACUACUCAAACUUCAUCUCUCCGGAGGCCUGUUAUUUUCGCUGUUGAUGCUCUCGCUCAAGGCCACUUUGGAGCAGCUAACACUGAUCCAGUCUCAGUGCAGCGAAGCCUUCAGAGUUAUACAAUGGCGCUGGGGUCGAUGUCCACGCAGUUAGCGCAGUUGAAAUGCGUAGGCCCUGGUCUCCGCGAUAUUUCGGAAGAUAAUUGGCAACAUUUAGCCUUUUUUUGUAUUGUGAUGAUGUUCUGGGAAAUUUUACAAACAUUGUCCGCAAGACAGCCUAGUCUUCUCCCAGAUAAUUAUUGGAAACAACGUUAUCCCAUGCGUUCGACAUGGCUAAAUGAGAUGAAAACAAUCCUCGAAGAAACAGAGAAUCCAAAGUUCCGUACCAACUUUGAACUUUAUACUUCAACUGAUUCUUUAAUGAUAGAGGUCAACGUUAUCGUGUCUAUAAUGGCUCAAUACGACCAGCUUCUCACGGAACAAUCAUUUGUCACGGAAAAUCAAGACUCCGUCCAGCUUUUGCUUGAUAUGUACAAUCAUGCCGAACUGAUUUUAUCUCGCAAUGAGUUAAGAUUGAAAGGCUGGAAAGCCUAUGUCUCGGAAGUUACACUUUCAUCCUGGUUAUCGCUUCACCCUGAAGUUGGAGCCGACCCGAUCUCAGCUGAUUUUUGGUCCAUCAUAAAUGGAGGAGACGACGAGCCAUACUUUGAUAUUAUUUUCUCCUUCCGUGCAAUGAUGGAGUACCACGCUCUAACACUAUACUGGACAAUAGUAAUGACUAUUCGUCUACUGCUUAGCGAUCUGCUCACUCUUCUGGUGAAAAAGGCUUCGGAGAAGAUACCGGCGAACGCUGAAGAACAGAUUAAGGCACACCAUGCCCAACUCAUGAAAUAUUCUCUUAAUGUUCUGCAAGCUAUAUGUUACGCUACGCUUUCGAAAAGUCGAGCUGUUGCUCCUUUCUUCUUUGCGUCGUCAUUCCAAUUGACUGUCCUUGUUCUUGAUCGGGAAUGCAAGUAUCUGCAAGCAGAUGAAAAGAGUGAAGUGGAGAUUCGCAGAUGUGAGGGAUUAAAGAGUCUUGCUAUUCGUUAUUUGGAUUGGGCUAGUCAGAACAAAAUACCUGUUAAACUGGACUUGAAUUCUCCGUGGGUGUCGAGGACAUUCUUGACAGCAGAGAAGAGGCUUGAUGACGCGAUUUCGAAACAAGAUAGGUUAGGUAUAGAGCACUUUAACUAUGAAAAUAUCCGGACUCUUUGA